AUGAUACCCUUUAUGACAUUAUGUUUUCUGAAAUCGGCACGGUCGUCUGGCGUUAUGAGCGCGAUGCUUAUCGCUGCAUUCACAUCUGCAUACCUUGGCGUACUUCGAGCGCUGGGAACUGGCGUCUCCUACUCCUUUCCACCAAAACCUACGGUCGGACUUGUCCUGUGCUUAUCUCUGCUCACCAUUGCGCUCAUCAUUCAUCUGCUCACUGAUACUAACAUCGAAACCCGUAUUCGCUCUACUGUCCCUGUCCGACUCGGUAGGAAUCAAUCGGCAGCAUUCAUCGUUCUUCUCAUUGCCUUCAGUAUUGGUGUUGUUGUAUACCGACGCCAAGGUCCCAUCAUGCAACACCCGAUCACGAAUCUGCUUGAAGUCGCCAACACUGAGCAUGGGCGUUGGGCCUCACAAGCGUACAGAAGUCAGUCACUGGCCGAAGCCGUCAUCCACUACCAGCAGCGCUACAAGCGUGACCCACCCCCCAACUUUGACAAGUGGUACGAGUAUGCAGUUGCUCGAAAUUCCAUCGUGAUUGAUGACUAUGACAACAUUGAACAGGACCUGGCACCUUUCUCUUCAUUCAACGCCGACGAUCUUCGCUUGCGAACAGCCACCGUUUUGGCGACGAAUGAGGCUGUCGCAGGCGUGCGCAUCAGAAAUGGUAAAGCAGAGGUGUUCACCAAUGUACCAGAGACCCAUCGCUGGAUGAUGGAGGGCGCGGUGGCCAUGGUCCAACGAUUCGCCGAGUCCCUGCCUGACAUGGAUCUCGCGAUGAAUCUGCAAGAUGAGCCUCGUGUCGCCGUACCUUACGAAAGAUUGCAAGACGCCCUUGACAAUCCCCAACCUUAUCCUACUCCCGCGCCAAACAACCCAAGCAAAGAGUUUAGUCCACAACGCGCGAACGGUUGGCCCGAUCCAGAGAAAAUAAGGACAGAUCCCCACUUUUUCGAGAAUGGCAGGUUUCAAUCGUCAUUCCAGACAUAUGGAUCUGUGGCAUGCUCGCCCACCUCUCGCGCGCGCAAGGAAAGACACUGGAACACCAGGAUCCAUGCCAUCAGCCAGAUAUCGCCAACUUGCAUGGCAUGCACCUAA